UUUGGCUGAACUUAAGUCCUUAUUGUGCACUUCUAAUAUAUUUAGUUGUCCGGUGUAAGUGCUUGCAAAAGGACAUUCAAGUGUUUCGAGCGCGGAAAAGUUAGCUGAGUGGCCGUGUUGCGUACACACAAAGGAGAGGAAAAGUUAACUAAAAAGAAGUGAAAUCAAGAUUUUGAUGUUUAAGUGAUGUGCCUACGAAGGGAGUUAGUGAGUGAGGCAAGGGUGAAGUCCUGGUAAAUAAAUCAGGAAGAAUAAAAAUAUGUGGCGUAUUUAGUAAAAAAGUUACGUUUUUUAACUUGACAGUUUGAACCGAAAUGUUGACAGAAUGUUGAAGAGGCAAUUAACUAGUGUCUAGCAUUUAAACAUUUGGUGAAACAAAAGUGGCAAGUUCACAGCCUACUCCUAUCAGGAUUCUCUGUUUAACUGUGUGAUAAUUUAAUUUCCACUGAAAUGUACUAAAUCUGCAACGCACCAAAUUUUUACUUCGUCGCAUUUGUGAGAGUAUAAUUAAAUGAACCACGUGGAAAUCUAAAAUAAUAAAGAGAUGUGGUCAGCGCUAAGAAAUGCUUAAGGCAGCACAUAAAUAGGCGUCAUUUUUGAUUGUGAAAAUUGUGUUAUGGCGGAGCUAAAACUUAAUAAAAAAAAGCAAGUAACUAAAUUCGCCUCAGCGCCAGCAAACUGUGAAGUGCAUAAUUAAAAGAGAUCAUUCCCAAUUGGCACUCAAUGCAAUGAAAACGCAGACAUUUUACGUCAAUCCCAUAAAACGUGUCCUUGCCCAUUGAGUCACGUGCGUGCGUUUGCCGUAGAGUGGCUUCAAGUGUUGUCGAGUGUGCACUUGCCUACUCUGCGUUUAAUUAUCUUAAUUGAAUGUGCGCUUUAUGCGGUGCCCCCAACUAGCGAGUAAUUGUUGCUCGAAUAAAAAAAAAAAUAAAAUAAAAAUAAAAAAAACCAGAAGAUACAUCGAAAAACACCCAACGAGUCGCUCACUUGACCAAGUGCCAGAAAACCUCCAACAAAAUAGCCGCACAACGAUAACGACACCUACUUUUUUAUAACUUGUACGUAAAAAUUUCGAAGUGUGUAAACAAGAACUAAGUCCAUCCGUGUGUGUUCGUUGGUGUGUGUGUGUGCUGAAGGCCAUAUUGCUGCAAAUAACAAUUUGUGCCACACUGAGUGUUAGGCUGUGUUGCGAAAACAGCAAAAUCACAUUCAAAUAAAUGAGGAACAAAUCGAAGAGCUCACCGACAACGAAAACAAAACCAACAACAUAGCUUCAUUCUAUCCGUUCGAGAUCAGUCGCCAAACAUCAGCAACCGAUUGCUGCCGCGGGUGAGUUGGGACGCGGCCUUCACGCGUCGUCAUCACGCGCCGCCAGCCACACACAAUUUCCGAUAACAGCUGAACUACAAUAACAAUGUAAAAACGCAAAAUUGUCAUCAGCAGUUAGCAGUCAGCAGUCAGCAGUCAUUGGCAUUGAUUUUCUUUUUGUGAGUUCAUUUUCAUUUUGUGAAUAUUCUUUGGACGUCAAUGCCGCGCCAACUCAUUGCUGCUGUCGUCCUCGUAGUCAUCGCUAUUGCCUUGUCAUUUUGGUAAUUGCGAUAUCCCUACGCUGUUUGCAUAGCAGAAACAGUCAAACACCAAAAACAAAAAAAAAACAAAAAGAAAACAAAUAUCUGAAUUUCGGAUGAAAUGUUGCUGGAAUACGUAAUGAUGCUGCUUGUGUUCGGAUUAACCACAACCGUUGAGCGGAGCCACAUAGACGCGCUAGCAUUCGAGGGUACGACAAGACAUCCGCCACAUCAUCACCAUACGCCGCCGACGAUGGCGCCGCCACCAUUACAUACACUCACACCCAGUGGGCAUCAGCUGCCUCAGCAGUUUUUGGAAUCGAUGUCACUAGCAGCACAGCUGCCAUCCACUACAUCACUCUCGUCGUUGUCAUCGUCUUCAUCCGCAUCGCUGGCAUCUCUUUCACAGCUCGAACUCUCUAAUGCCAUCGUGGACAGUUUCGAAGGCGUCGGCAGCAGCGUUGAGCCGCAAUUUGAAAACACCACCGAACGCGAAGUGAUCGCGGCCGUCGGCACCACAGCCCGCAUGCACUGCCGUGUGCGAAAUCUUGGUGAUCGCGCCGUUUCGUGGAUACGCAAGCGAGACCUGCACAUUCUCACCAUUGGCAUCAUGACGUAUACGAAUGAUCAGCGCUUCCUGGCGCGACACAUCGACAACUCGGACGAGUGGGUGCUGAAGGUGGUGUCGGUGCAGCCGCGUGACGCUGGCAUCUACGAGUGCCAGGUGUCAACAGAGCCGAAAAUCAGUCAGGCGUACAAGCUGAUGGUUGUGACAUCGAAGGCGCAAAUCCUCUCGAAUCGCGAACUCUUCAUACAAAGUGGCAGCGACAUUAAUUUGACGUGCAUCGCACCGCAAGCGCCCGGGCCCUACACGCACAUGAUGUGGUACAAGGACAGCGAAUUAAUUAACGAUUCAACGCGCGGCGGUAUACGCGUCGUAUCGGAGCAGCAAAUGAAGACGAGCAAUUUGGUGAUAUCGCGCGUGCUGCACCGGGACUCGGGGAAUUACACAUGCGCGGCAGAUAAUUCAACACCUCAACCGAUAUGGAUGGAGAACGAUGAGCUGCUGCACAAAAUUUUCACAAAGAAGCAGCAACACGAAUACGCGCAUCGCCAGCAGCUGCAGAGAUCUGCCAAAAAGCUAAACAAGAAAGCUGUUUCGCCACCGACCCCGGCACCUUACUUUGAGAACUCCACGCAGAGAAGUGUUGUCGUUGCUGUCGGACGGACUGCAAAAUUACAUUGUCGUGUACGAAAUUUGGGGGAUCGCGCAGUCACUUGGAUACGUCAACGUGACUUACACAUCCUGACCAUCGGCGUGAUGACCUACACGAAUGACCAGCGCUUUGAGGCUUUGCAUUGUGAGGACUCCGUUGAGUGGUCGUUGAAAAUUGCAUCUGUGCAGCUGCGAGACUCUGAUGUGUAUGAAUGCCAAGUUUCGUCGGAGCCGAAAAUUAGUCAGGCCUUCGAGCUGAACGCUUUAGUGGCUAAAGCGAAAAUACUAGCAAAUACCGAGUUAGUAUUCAAAAGCGGCAGUGACAUUAAUCUUACCUGCAUCGACCAUCAGGCCCCAUCGCCGCCCGCUUACAUUUACUGGUACAAGGAUGGCGAACUAAUUAACUACUCGCAACGUGGUGGCAUUAGCGUGCUGACAGAGCGUCCAACGAAAACCAGCAAGUUGCUAAUCGCACGUGUCGUGCCCAGUGACUCCGGCAACUACACUUGUCUACCAAGCAAUUCCGAUUCUGACAGCGUCUAUGUGCACGUAAUCAAAACCGAACAUCCUGCAGCAAUGCAACAUGAAGAAGCCACCCAUUUGAUGCAACCACACUUGCUGCUGCAACUGUUUUGCAUGUUUUUUCUGAAUGAAGGAAUUGCUGUUCGAUAGUAAAAUAAACAUGUAUUUAUAUCACAAAGUUAUUUAUAUUUAGGUGCUUUUAUAUCUCUAAGCAAAUGGCUAGGUAUACCUAAAUAAUCGUAUAGAUUAGGAUGUUUUAGUGAAUAAGGAUUUGAGGACAUUCGCAAUUGGUAAGAAACACAGCUUAAAUGAAUAGAGAUAUGUAUGUAUUUAGAAAUUUAGAAAUGUAGAUUUGUAUGUAUUGAUAAUGAUAAUUUUCUUACUUAUUGGGAAUUAAGAGAAUAUUCAUAGCUCAUAAAUGUAUAUAAGUAAACGGUACCAUAUAAAUAUAUUGUAUUUCGCUGUAAAAUUAUUCGGAAUCGUUCAAGAAA